AUGGAGAAAGGAAAGUUGAUCCGUCUCGAUGAAGGCUGGGCCUCCGUCGCCAUAGACAGUCUCGAUUCUUUUGGCAACGUUGAGGGCUACGACUUCUGGUUUCUCGAUCAGUUGUUGCCACACUGCAACAAAAUUCAGUUGACUCACAUCGAGAACUCCACCAAAGGUGUCGACCUGACUCCGAUCACCGACAAGCUGUGGAAGAACUUCUUCAAGAGAGACUUCGGUGACAGAGCUCUGGAUGAGACAAUGGAGAAGAUGAAGAUGAAGAAGGUGAGCUUCAGGUGGUCGGAGCUGUACCAAGCCAAGUCCAGGAGUUUGGAAACAAAGGAGAAAGAAGUGGGUGAGAGGUUGAAGAAGAUGUACGAGAAAGAAGAUGCUCGGAAACAAAGCCGACAAGUGAAGGUUCUGGACAAGGUUCCUCCAAGCAAUACGAGAAUUGGCGUCAUCAACAAAGGGUUGAGCAAAGGGAGGAAAAGCAAUCAAAUGAUGAACAAAAUCAAGAAGCAGUAUGAAAAUAGUUUGGCGAAGAGGAAUCUUGAUUUUGUGAAGAUGAAGAGAACUGCAGUUGCUGCCAGGUGUUCUGAUCUCAUCAAAGAGCCAAGAAUGACUGUUCAAGCAAUGAACGUCGAUUUUUGA